AUGAUUCACAGAAUAAAGUUAGAUGACACACGAGCACAUUUCUUUGACAUCAGCGGCUGCAGGUUCUCAGGUGUUUUUUUCCGGCGUGGCUCCAAAAUGAGGAUCUGCUCCGACACAUGCAAGAAAAUCAUUUGCACCAAAGCUGCUGUUCUCCAGCUGCUGAGGUCCAAGCCCCUGAACCCCUGCCAAGGAAAACAGUGCCAGGUGGACUCUCUGUGCACUGUGAUUUGUCCGUCUGUCAUCAGUGUCCAUGAACACCUGAUGUCUGUCCGUGACCACUGUACAUACGAGAUGCUGGUCCCCUUGUCCAGGCUGGACUUCAGCCUGCUGGGGAACUUUCAGGAGCGGUGCAGUAAAGAUGUGGUCUUUCUGGAAAGGCUGAUCCUGAAACUGGACAAGCCAAAUGUUCUCAUUCACCUGGAACAAGGCGGCAGAGUUCUGGUGGGCGGAGCAGAGGUGACGCUCAGCAGCACGCCUCGGCUGUUUCACGGCGUGACGCUGUCCAAAAAUGAAAGCGGAGUGAUGGCCGAGGCCUCGCUGUCCAAUGGCACCCUAACUGUCGUCUUCAACGGCAUCACGGCUCACAUCCACCUGACAGAACCAGGACCUCUGCGGGGCAUCUGCAAUGGGUCCAGUCGUUGGCUGAGUGACCUCAGUGAUGUCGGCUGUAAGAUGCAGCACUGCGAACGUGCAGACAGAACGAUUGACUGCAUGAAAACGACUGAACGACCUCAUCAUUCUCUCAUCAUCCGUCACUGUAUAUAUGUGCAACAGCUGCAAUUUCCUGAAGAAGGCGCCCUUCACUGCGUGCAGACACCACACCGACCCUGCACCCUUCAUCACCGCCUGCACCAACAUGAUGUGCAGGUACCCGGUGGCAGACGGCCUCAGCCACUGUCAGUUCCUGGAGGCGUACGCCAACAUCUGCCGACUCCGUGGCACCUUCCUGCUGAGGGGUGGAGGUCAAAUGUCAACUGUUCUGCUCCUCAGAUCUUCUGUCCGGACCGGAUCUGCAGCGCUCACGAGUUCUGCGGUGAGACGGUUGAAGACGGUGGAACCCACUGCUACUGUCGGGCCAUUUUUGCCACCAAACACCGAUCCCCUCAAAGUAUGACACCAUUCGUCUGCAUGGGCGACUCUGUUUCAGUCACGCUGCCCGUCUGUCUCCUGGAGGCCAAAGGCAUCGGCUCCUCCACCUUACACCUCCAGGAUCAGACCUGCAGAGGUCAGGUAGACAACACCACUCACAUGGUGACCUUCAGCUUCAACAGCUCCAACACCUGUGGGACCGUGGUGACGGCCAACAGCAGCCACAUUAUUUACAGGAACGCCAUCAUGAACUGGAACACGACUGACAUCAUCAUCUACGUGACCCGAAACCUCAAAGAUGGACAGUGGCGAUACACUCUGACCAUGAAGGCCUAUGUGGAUGCUGCUCACACACAUGCCAUUGACUCAGUCACUAGGAUCUAUAUGAACCAGAGGAUCUGGGUGGUGCUAAAGGCAGACGGACUAGACAACAACAUUGUUGCUUUGGUGGCAGAAUCCUGCUGGGCAACAAAAGAACCGCAACCCAGUGCAAGUCUCAGACACGACCUGAUCAUGAACGGUUGUGCUAACCAUGUUGACGGGACCAUAAAUGUGGAAGCAAAUGGACUGGGAAACUCCGCCCACUUCUCCUUCAAGGUGUUCAUGUUCUCUGGGAAAUCUCGCCAGGUCUUCCUGCACUGCAAACUCCACCUUUGUAUCAAGAAAACCGCCACCUCCUGCAACCCGAGAUGCACCAGACUUGUGAGAGUCGCCAGAUCUGCCAGGACCAAUGAUGGUAAUGGAAGCAUCAUCACCAUGGCCUGGACUCAUUAG